AUGGACAAUAUCUUCAACCCCAAGGCGGAGGAAGAAAACCUUGCCUCGCUCGAGAAGCUGCACGCACAAUCAACCACAUACCCAACCCUCCCCACACCCGAGCUACUGGCAACGGGGUCAUUGUCACUCGUCCCGUCCAUCACCAACACCAGGUCAGAGCAAGACGUGAUCAGGCACAUCACAUCGGACAUUGUCCCCGCUAUUACAGGACAGGCCCUGAGCCCGCGGUACUAUGGCUUCGUGACUGGGUCCUCCCUCCCGAUCGCCGCCUGGGCCGACACACUCGUCACACGUAUCGACCAGAAUGUCCAGGUCCAUCUACCACACCAGAGCAUUGCCACGGAGGUUGAGGACAGAGCGCUGCAUAUGCUAGGCGAACUGCUGAGACUAGGCGACGGCUUCGAGGGCAGAACGUUCACGACGGGGGCGACGGGCAGCAAUGUCCUUGGCCUCGCUUGUGGGCGCGAAGCAAUCAUCGAGAAAAGGGGUGGGAAUGUCGGCGAAGAUGGGCUCCUGGGAGCGUGUAUGGCUGCCGGCAUCAGAAACAUACAGGUCCUCACCAGCGGGGGGCAUAGUUCCCUCUCCAAGGCAGCGAGUGUCGUUGGACUCGGGAGACAGUCAGUGAAGGAGCUGGGUGUGAGCGCUGACGAGCCAUGGAAGCUGGAUGUUGACGCUGUGGAAGCGCAUCUACAGAAAGAGGGGAACGCUACUAUCAUUGGCAUCAGCGCAGGAGAAGUCAACACUGGCCGUUUCGCUGUGGACGGACUAGCUGGCAUGAAGAGACUCAGAGCAUUGGCCGAUAAAUACGGCGCUUGGAUACACGUGGACGGCGCAUUUGGUAUCUUCGCCCGCUGUCUCGACGAGAUUGCCGGCUUUGAGGACUUCAAGCGCCAGGCGGAGGGCAUCGAGCUGGCGGACAGUAUUACUGUGGACGGGCACAAGAUUCUCAAUGUUCCGUAUGACUGCGGCAUGUUCUUCACCCGCUCCCAGUCAACAUUGCCUUCCGUGUUCGCCAAUCCCAACGCAGCAUACCUCGCCGGGGGCUCUGCUUCCAAAAUCUCUUCCCCCCUCAACAAUGGACUCGAGAACAGUCGCCGUUUCCGCGCCUUGCCGGUAUAUGCGACACUUCUCUCGCAAGGCCAGAAUGGUUUCGCCGCCAUGAUCUCCAGGAUGGUCCUCCUCGCUCGUCGGAUCGCAGGUUGGAUCCGUGCUUCUGAACAAUACGACCUUCUCCCUGGCGGUGACUGGGACAUUGAGAAGGAAACGUUCAUCAUCGUCCUGUUCCGGGCGAGGGACAACAAAUCGAACGAAAAUUUGGUGGAGAAGAUCAACGCCACGAGGCAGAUGUAUGUGAGUGGGACCAAAUGGAAGGGCGAAAAGGCUGUGCGGAUCGCGGUAUCUACAUGGAAGGUGGAUGUUGAGAGAGACGGCCGCAUCGUCGAGCAAAUACUGGCGGCUGUCGCCGAGGGUCGUGACUUUGAAUUGGUCCAAGUCAAAUAG